AUCAUUCAACCCACUCCCCACAUCACUCCAAGCAAGAAUUACUCCAAGCAAGAAUUUCCUCUAUUUAGAAGUGUGGAUUUCCAACAAAUUAUACCAAAAAGUUACAGUCUUUAAACUAUUCAAUUCGAUCUUCUUGGGUUCCACUCCAUAAUGGGAGCUUUUCAUAGAUGGUCGUCGACGUCUUCCACGUCGUCGGAUUCGUGUUCUUCUGGAUCGUCGUUUUCGGCCGGCGGGAAUCAGGCGGAGAAGAUCAAAGGGCCGUGGAGUGCGGAGGAGGACAAGAUCUUGACGCGUCUCGUGGAGCGGUACGGCGCCCGGAACUGGUCCAUGAUGAGCAAGUACAUAAAGGGCCGCUCCGGCAAGUCCUGCCGCCUCCGGUGGUGCAACCAGCUCAGUCCCACCGUGGAGCACCGCCCGUUCUCCGCCGCGGAGGAUGAGGCCAUCUUGGCCGCCCAUUCGCGGUACGGCAACCGGUGGGCCACCAUUGCGCGGUUGCUCCCCGGACGCACCGACAACGCCGUCAAGAAUCACUGGAACUCCACGUUAAAACGCAGGCACCAAAAACAACCUCAGCCGUCUGAUCUUCCAAUGACGGCGGCGGACGUUAACGUUAACGUUAACUCGUCCGGAUCUACCGAAUCCAAGACGGAAAAAUCAUCGGAAACGGACAGUGAGAGUCCGAGAGUGGACACUGGAAACAGAACUUGGGAUGACGAGUUCGACCCAAUGACGGCGUUGUCCCUGGCGCCGCCGGGAAUGGGCCGUCACUCUCCGCCGGAGAGGCCGGCUGAGAGUUUGCCGGUGGUGUUUUGGGAUGCCAUGAAAGAUGUGAUUGCCAGGGAAGUGAGGGAUUACAUUACGUCGUCGUUUUCGGAGGCGUCUACCAGCUAUCAUUAGCAUGAAAGCGAUGAUGUUUAGUGGUUGCUAAUUAAUUAUUUGUUAAUAGUUUUCUAUUAGGAAUGGAAAUCUAUCGCCAUCAUGAGACCAUGGUCUGUUAAUUGACAGCUUGGUUAUAUUAUAUUAUUAUAGUUAAAUAUAAACUUAAGAAUAUUUUGAAACAUUAAAA